AUGUACCAUCCCCAUGCGGAUCUCGUGCCCGCUGGUGCCUUAUCUGGCCUUGACAUCGUAUCCCCGCUUCCCGCACAACCCUCCUCCAUAUCCUCCGCCUCCGCCGCGCCACUUUUAACGUCCUCCGCGCAGACCACGACCAUCGGUGUACCCUCGGCGCAUAGCCCGCAUGACUUACACGGUGCUAUCUCCCCUACCACCGCCGGACCCUUCAACUACAUCAUCCCUCCGGCCCCCUCAUCCCCGCCACCACUCUCAUCUUCCGCGCAGACAACCACCAUUCCUGCACCCCCAAUACAUGUCCCGCAGGACUUAUCUGGUGCUGUCUUCCCUAAGACCGCCGAGCCCUUCAAUCGUAUCGCCCCUCCCCCCUCCUCAUACUGGUACACCCCACCCCGUAGCGGAACUGCCACCUCCUCUCCUCGCAUAGCGCCUGCGGUCUACGAUGGAGACUCGUCCUCCGGAGGACGCAGCCGUAGUCCUCAGGUGGCCAUCCGCGAUGUGCGGACGUCAGAGAAGGCGCGGGAAGAGGCGAACACCGGGCAAGAGGUCGAAGGAGGGGGGAAAGCAAGUCGAGCGCAGCAGGAGAUUCGGGAGGAGCUCAGCUCAACGCUGGCACGAGCGGAAGAUUUCAAGGCACGAGCGGAAGAUCUCAAGGCCGAGCUGAAGCGCGCGGAGCAGCAGGACCGCGAGAACGCGCAAGCUGCGAUGGAGAAGGCGCAGCUGGAAAAGGAGAGGGCCGAGAAGGAGAUGAAGAAGGCGCAAAAAGAAGCGAACACCAGGGUCGAGGGGGCGAGGAAGGCGCUUGAGGAGACAAUGAAGAAGGCAUCUGCGGAGGCGCGGGCAGAGGUGGAAGCUGCUAAACAGAAGGCGGAGGCGAAGUGGAAAAGCCUGAGGCAGACGGCAGGGGCACAGUUCAAGGAAGCCGAGCGGGACGCACAGGAGAGCGUGCGGAGGGCGAAAAGUGCUUUAGAGAAGGCACAAGCGGAGGCGGAGGUGGCGAUGGCGGCGGCGGUGGCGUUGGCCGAGGGAGUGGCGUUGAAGGAGGAAGAAGUGGAGGAAGAGAUCAUCUUUGUCGGCGAUAGGCGGCGGGGAGAGGGGAGUAAGUGGCAGCCCUUUUUGCUGCCCGAGGACGAGGAUGAGUCGGAAGUGGAAGAAGAAGUGGAACUUCAAAGGACGGAACGAAUGGGCGAUCUGAGGGCAAGGGGAGGACAUACAAGCGACAUGGAAGAUGAGAUGGUGGAUAUGGAGAGCGGGCUUGACGUCUGA